AUGUCUGGCUACGGUUACAACCAAGGAUACAACGGCCAUCCCACCGGCGGCUUCCAACAAAACCAGCAGCCGUACCCUCCCCAGCAGCACCCAACCCAGGGAGGCUAUCAAGGCCAACCGUGCGGGCAAUACGGCCAACCGGCUCCUCAGAACUACGGUAACGCACCCGGCGGUGGCUACCAAGCUCAGCCUGCAUAUGGCCAAUCCAACCAGUCCUACCAACCUCCAGCCAAUGCUCAAUACAACUACUCGCAGCCCCAGAACCAGUACAACAACACCCAAGCGGGCCCUCCUGGACAAGGUGCAUCGGGCCAAACGGGCGACCGUGGAAUGAUGGGCGCGCUGGCCGGCGGAGCUGCCGGUGGACUGCUCGGAAAGAAGAACAACCAUGGCUUCCUCGGUACUGUCGGUGGCGCCAUCAUGGGCAGCUUACUCGAGGAUGCCACCAAGAAGAAAAAACACGGCCACCAUUGA